AUGCGGCUGUGCCAGGGCCGCGCGCUGGGCAUCGGGGUGGCGGUGGCCCACGGGCUCUUCUCGGGCUCGCUGAACAUCCUGCUCAAGUUCCUCCUCAGCCGCUACCACUUCGCCUUCCUGACGCUGCUGCAGUGCCUGAGCAGCGCGCUGGCCGCCCUCAGCCUGGCGCUGCUGCGGCGCCUGGGGCUGGUGGCCCUGCCCCCCUUCGGGCUCAGCCUGGCGCGCCCCUUCGCGGCCGUGGCCGCGCUCUCCACGCUGCAGUCCAGCCUCACCCUGUGGGCGCUGCGCGGGCUCAGCCUGCCCAUGUACGUGGUGUUCAAGCGCUGCCUGCCCCUGGCCACGCUGCUGCUGGGCGUCCUGGUGCUCAAGAACGGCGGCCCCUCGGCCGGGGUGCUGGGCGCCGUGCUCGUCACCACCUGCGGGGCAGCGCUGGCAGGAGCUGGUGACCUGACUGGUGACCCCAUAGGGUAUGUGACAGGAGCGCUGGCUGUGCUGGUACAUGCUGCAUAUUUGGUGCUCAUUCAAAAGACAAGUGCAGAUAGUGACUAUGGACCCCUGACUGCCCAAUAUGCCAUUGCUGUUUCAGCUACUCCUUUUCUCAUUAUCUGCUCCUUUGCCAGCAUGGAUUCCAUCAACGUCUGGUCUUUCCCAGGCUGGAAAGACCCUGUCAUGACAUGCAUCUUUAUUGCUUGCAUCUUCUUUGGCUGUGCCAUGAACUUUACCACCCUUCACUGCACCUACAUUAACUCAGCUGUGACCACCAGCUUUGUUGGGGUGGUGAAGAGCAUAGCAACCAUCACAGUGGGGAUGGUGGCAUUCAAUGAUGUGGCGCCCACAAGGUUGUUUAUAGCAGGUGUAGUGGUCAAUACCUUGGGCUCUCUCAUUUACUGUGUGGUCAAGUACACUGAGACCAGACGGCAAAGCAACUAUGAAGACCUGGAGAAAGAAGCUAGAGAGGAAGAGGAGAAGGGACAUGCUGGAGGCCAACCACCAUUUGUAAUGAAAGAGAUGUCCAAGGAGAAAGGGACUGAAGAGACAGCUGUAAAGGAAUCAGCAACUGGGGACAGUCAAUGUGUAGAGGAACAGAAGGACAGCACUGACGAGAUUGUCCAAAAAGAAGCUAGCACUGAAGAAGUUAACAAGAGCUCAUUAAAAGAGGCCUACCUUGGGGUAUGGAGGUUGGUUAGAGGGACUAAUUAUAGAAAGAAAGAUUAUUUAAUAGAAAAUGAGGAGUUACCAACUCCCUGAAAAGCAGAAUUUUAAAAAUAUAUUACUGGUUGAGGACACAUCUGCUUGUUUCCUUGUGUAGGGAGGGAGACACAAGGUACAUUUUAAGCACCUUUAUACGGUUAUACUUUAU